AACUCAGCGGAUUURCCCAAUCUUGGUAGAUCCAGUUUCACUUUAAAGCACGUUGCACGAACGAUGCACGAGGAUAUCGUAGUUAGGGUGAAUUUGGACGAUAAAUACAGAUUUUUAGUUGUCACAAAGAAAGAUAGCACGAUAAARGACCUCAAGKCUGAGAUCGGUAAUGUUGCCAGACUUGUGCUCUCGGAGGACGUAAGGGAAAUAAUAUCUGUCCAGAAUAUYCAUGAAUUUGAACUGCCAGAGAUUUAUACUGUUGGAAGAUUGCUGAAAGAACAUGAGAAAGUGCUGGCAUAUACAAACAGUUAUGAACCUACAUCUAAAAGUGUAGACUCUACCAACAAAGAUUACCCUUUAUCAGAUGUUUCUCAGUCAUGUUUGCCAAAAACAAAUGAAGAAGAAACAAAUAAGUCCUGUCAGGAAAUCUUGCAGAAUGUAGUAGAAMCAGUUCAUAAYGACAAUGGCAGUACACAAGAUGAYGAUGAUACACAAGAAUGGAACAUCGAUGAAGAAAAUAACAWCAAACAUCACCAUGACAACAAAGGUUCUCCAUUAAAUGCUGAAAUUGAAUUGGUGAAUGAUUUGACUCUGGACAGACAUGAAGAAAGUGUAAAAAAAGUGAAUGAGCCAGAAGUAAUUGAACCAGAACCAGGGAAUAUGCAUUGUGAUGAAGGAGAUUCAAAUGAUGCACAUCASACUAAUGUUAAUUCAAGCUUACAAAAACAAACUGAAGAACAUGUACAUUUAACAAGAGAAUGUUCUACCAAAGAAAAUAUUGGACAUAUAGACUCYCAAGAAAAAAGUGAAGUUUUUGAAAACAGUCUUUCUCUAAAACGACMUAAAAAACAAAACCAAUACAAGCACAAAAAGCGAAAAGAAUCAAGAACUCAGUCAAUUGAUGAUAGUUUAGCUGAGGAAGAGUUGAGAAAUAGACCAAGCGAUACCACCUCAAAUGUCUCACUCCAAAGCAGCUCAAUCUCAGAAGCAGUUUUCAAAUCUCCAACCUUCAAAGCAAUCUUGCAGUCAAAACAAUUCCGCUAUCCAAGAAGAAGACAGGCCAUUGAGAAGUCAGUAACGAAGGUGGCAAACUGGCUGGUUGGAAGUGAAGACAAUCAUACAGAAUCAGAACAAACUAGCCAAAUAGAAACUGAGAUUAAMAAAGACAGUGAUAAAGCUGAGCAAGAUGAACAUACAACUUCAAAGAUGUAUUGUGUGGUGGACGUUAAAGAUGAUAAAGUGAUAUAUUAUGACAGUGAUCCUAGUGAAGUGAGUCACAGUGGAGGGUUACUUAAAGAGUCUAAUUUAUUGUCUUGCACAAUGGUCCUUCCAUAUUUUUGUGCUCAAAGAGAACACUUAAUUACCACGCCAUCAAAGUCUGUUGAUUUCUGCAGAAGUAAAAGGAAGUGUAGAGAAAUAAAUGAAGAUUCUAAUGGCAUUACUGAAAAUGAAUUACCAGCAACAUACAAGUCACCAGUAUUCCACAAAAACCAAAACCAAUGUUUCUCAGGAAGACUUCAUGAAGCAGAGAAAGAUGACAUMGAAGAUGACAAAAGCUGCUGCUCCACGGAAAUCUUGGAUCAUGGUGAUGACAUUGAUAGAGCUUCAUUAAAGAAACUAGYACAUUUAACUACUUUCAACAAGAYUUUGACAAUCUCACCACAGCAAACUGAGAUCCAGAACAUCCAUGGAAGCUCCAMUGCACUACAURAUAUUGUUCAAGACCAGAACAGAAGCCCUGAAGAUCUUCUGGACUCUGCUAAAGGGCCAAUUGAAAGUAGAAGACAAGUGAAGAAUGCUCAAAGUAAACAGGGAUCAAAUACAGCUAAUGUUGCUCAAUUUGAACAGUCAAACCAAAAUGUACCAAAUGACACCAUAAGGAAUGAAUACGAUAGCRAUAGUUCAUCAGAAAGCACAGAGGAAAAGCAUAAACUUACACAGUCAAGUAAAAAUACUGUGCCAAAUCUAUCAAACAAGCAAACAGCAGAAUCUGACAGUGAUAGUGRCAGUUCUUCAAGUGCAAAGGAAAAACAAAAACUUAAACAAUCAGAUAAAAACUCUGUUCCAAAACAAUCAAUACGUUUACCAAAGAAGCAAACAACAGAAUCUGACAGUGAUAGUGACAGUUCUUUAGAGAGUGCAAAGGAAAAGCAAAAACUUACACAGUCCAAUAAAAUUUCUUUGCCAAAACAAUUGACCAGUUUAUCAAACAAGGAAGCAGCAGAGUAUGACAGYGRMAGYGACAGUUCUUUGGAGAAAACAAAGGAAAAGGAAAAACUAACACAAACAGAUAAAAUCCCUGUGCCAAAACAAUUGAACAGUUUAACAAACAAGCAACCAGCAGAGUAUGACAGUGGAAGUGACAGUUCUUUGCAGAGUACAAAGGAAAAGGAAAAACUUACACAGCMAGAUAAAAUUUCUGUGCCAAAACAAUUGACCAGUUUACCAAACAAGCAAUCAGUCAAAUUUGACAGUGAUAGUGACAGCUCUUCAGAGAGUGUAACAGAGAAGGAAAGAUUAACACAAUCGAAUGCAAAUUCUGUGAAACAAACAACCAUUUUAUCUAAUACAGCAGCAAAGGRAAGUGAUCRUGUCAGUGACAGUUCUYUAGAGAGUGAGAAAGAAARUCCAAAAGCCAUGCAGSAUGAUAUUGUGCUAAAKCAAUCAACGCUAARUACUAYAAAACCCAAGGAAAGUGAUAAUGAAAGUAACAGUUCUUUAGAAAGUGCAGAAGAGAAGGAAAAACUUACUCAGCCUGAUAAAGCAUUGGCCAAAAAACUUGACUUUGACUCAGUUUCGACUUCAGAAAUUGAACAUAGUAAGCACUCAAAGAUCAAGAAUUCUCAAWAUAAAGUAGUGACAGUUAAGCAAAUCAUGAACUCAAAGACAUUAUCAACUGCWGGUAAUGAUAAAUCAUCACAAUCAGACUCUGAUUAUUYGCACACAACAGAUAGUGAAAAUGAAAAGAGCAAAGUCAAAACGACUAAACAAGGAAACAACUCAAAGUUGCUUAGUAAAAAGACCACAAAAUAUGCUCCAAAGCAUUCAGACUCUUCAASWUCAGAUAGUGAAGAUCACAUCAAAGAUCUUCCUAAGAAACUUAGCUCUACUGGCAAUAAGAAAGGAAGUAUAUCUCAACCUUCAUCCAACAAGACCACMAGAAAUGCUUCAUGUACUAAUUUAUAUUCUCCAAAUGAAGUAAACAAAGUAGAAAAGAAAGAUACAACUAAAAAUCAAAAGAAAACCAUACCAAAAAGUACUAGAACUACAGGUACUAAAAAAGUUAAUAAAUCAAAAUCUUCACUUACAAAAAACAAUGAUUCAUCAUCACUCUCUGACUCAGAAUACCUUCACACCACAGACAGUGAACAAGAAAAGCAAGURAGCAAAGAUGUAAAGAAACCAGCAAAUUUGUCUGAAAAAAAUGCUAAAACAGUGUCAAAAUCUGAUUCAGAUUCUUCUAGUUCUGAUGAUCAACAGGACAAGAAAACAGGUAAAGAUGUGUCUAAAGCAAAAACUUCUACAGAUAAAGAACAAGAACCUUUAACUACAAAACUACCAAACCAACCCAGAGGAGGUGAUGCCAAGGGUGAUUCUUCUACUUCUGACAGUGAGCAAGAAGAUCAAUCUAGGGCACCCUCAGAAAAAGCUGUCAAAGUCAGUACCAGUAAGGAAAGCGAGGAAACACUUGUAGUCARUGUCAAUUCCCUUUGUAACUCCCCAUUAAGAAAUGGAAAAGAUGUCAAAAAUGGCAAUAAAUGUGAUACAACUUUAAACAUGAUGAAGAAUAAUGCAAGCAUUAGUGAAACAACUAAAACCUUUUCUCAAAGAAAAGCAAAUGAAACUGGAGUUUUACAAACAACACAAAAAGUACACCAUAAGCAAUCAAGUAAUGUUUCAAUAGAAGCAAUUGAGCAAGUUGCUGUGAACCAGAAAGAAAGAAUUGAAAAUGAACAUACACCUUCRAAGAAGAGGCAAAAUCUUAGCAGAGAGGACAGUAAUGAACCAAUACCAUCUAAAAAGAAAAAGAUGAAUUCAAAAGAUGCUGACAAUAGUAGAACUGASGAGACUGUUGAGGUUGAGAACAUAAAAAAAAGAAAGAAGGCAAAAGAUGGCAGUUCAGAGUCAAACAUAAAUGUUGUUUUCGUUGAAAAUGCUCCUAUUGAAGCUGUAGAGCAAAGCAAUCAGAGCACAAAAAAGAGAAAGAAGACGAAAGAUAGCCGUUUAGAAACAUCAACAGAUGUAAUGGAAAAGAUUUGUGCUGAAGAGGAAAACUUAAAACAGAGCAAAAGGAGUCCAAAAAAAGGAAAGAAGGCAAAAAAUGGUGGUUUAGAAGCACAGACAAGUCAGACAAGUGUUGUUGAAAAGACUUCUGUUGAAGAGGAAAAGACAGAACAAGCAAACAAAAAGAGACAAAGAAAACAAAGGAAAACAGAGAUUAUAAGCUCAGAAGCACAGAAAAAUGAAGUGGAAAAUACAGCAACUGAAGACAAGAACUCAGAACAGAUCAACAAGAGUAAACGAAAAGGAAAGAAACCAAAAGAUGGCAGUUUAGAAACACUGACAAAUGUAGCUGAAAAGGUUCAUACUGCAGCUAACAACUUGGGACACACAGACAAGAGUCCAAAAAAGGUAAAGAAAGCUGAAGGCAGCAAUUUAGAAACAAAUACUGUUGCAAAGAUGUGUGAGGAACUGGGAGACCCAGAGCAAGGCAGCAAGAGUCCGGAAAAGAAAAAUGAGGCAAACGAUGACAGAGAGGAGAGUGACAACUUUAAGGAAAAGUCAAAGAAGAAGAAGAAGAGAAAGAGAAGUAGUUCACAGGAGAAUGCUGAUAUUUUCGAAGAUAACCAGAGUGAAGAUGAAGAGGGGAAAGYUGAAAGUAAUAAUGCUGCACAAGAAGUACAAAAUUCAUAUUCCAAAAAGAAGAAAAAGAAGAAAAAAGACAAAAAAACAACUGAAGAGAAAAAGUCAACAACAAAGUAUCCAGAGAGCCUUGAAUUUGUGAGUGACAAAAGGACCAUGGCAAAUUAUGAAGGAAAAUCUAAGAGGCAGAACAAUCAAUGUAAUAAUGAAAUGACUCAUGAUGCAAUGAAGGAAAUCUCCUCUGCAGAGCUUACAACGGGACAAGAAGACACAAGCAAAUCGAGAAAGAAAUCUAAGAAAAAGAAACAUAAAAAUCAAGAUAGUGGAGACUUGUCACCAARUAAAAAGAGCAAAACACAUAUCCCASAGGAUAAAGUUGAUGGUUGUGCACUUGAAAACAUUACUACAAACACAAAGGAGCUUCAARGCAAAUCCCCAUCACUGGAGAAAAAACAUGAAAAGAUGUUCAGCAGYGGCUCAGAGGAUGACACRAAACACAAAAACAUAAACAGUUUACUCUUGUGGAUUGAAAAGAAGACAGCAUCACCACAAAACAAGACUUCUAAAAGAGCCAAGUCAAAGUUACUGGACCUUGCACAAGAUGAUGACAAUGACAAGACACCAUCMAAUACAAAUACAGAAACGCCAUCAAGAUCAAGUCGAUCAUUCCAUCGUACUCCAACAGGAUUCACUAAUACACUACCAAGAAUGAAGAAAACAUCAAGCCGUUUGUUUUUCCCAUUGACCACCACAAGAAGAAAGAGAAAACUGAGUUGUAAUAGUUUACCACAUUCAAGAGAACUGACCUCCAUAGAAAGAGAGAUAUUGUCAGGGGGGGUUAAUCAACUUGAUACAUUGGUGAAUGAGGACUCMUUCUGGAAUAGUUAAUGAAAUUAUUGGUUUCCUUUUUGUUCACAAAGUUUAUUUUGUCAUUAAAAACAAAAAAAACAUUCUGCAAACUUUAUAUUAUAUAAAAAUAAUAAUGUGUAUAAAUUAUAUUCAAUAAAUUCAAUUUUUAAUAACUUUUCAAAUCAGUAUUGUUUGUACUAUAGAGAUAUCAAAGGUCUUUGAUGCUGCACAUAUAGCAUACAUUAUCUCUCACAUGUCACUUAUGUUGUCAUGUAUCAACCUCAGACAUGGAUGAUUGCAGGAUGUGACAAACCUGUAGCUAGGACGUGGUAGAGUGAUUUCACUUAAACYGUGCAACUGUACAAAAUCUAAGUAUAGUACCAAUUUGUUCUAAGAGUGGACCUGAAGCAAGCCAGUACUGAAUGCUUCAUUUGUACCAAACUUGCAUACCGUAUGCUCGAUUUACUAAAUACAACU